AUGUCACUCCAACGUGUUGCUUCCCUCGAGACGUUCCAAUCCAUACAGCCACCCUACCACCAACCUAGCCGCCUCCCCGGCUCCAGGCGCGGCAGCGAUGCUUCUAGCACCCGUCCUCGGAAACUGAGCUUCAACCCUCUUCCCGACGAAUGGGAUCCUCACGAUCUCAAGUUGGACGUGGUCCAGGCUGUGAGCGCCUUUGAUGUUCCUUCGUGGAAACGAGUCCUUCAGGUCAUUGUUGCUGUCGUGUACUGUCUCUUCGCCGCAGGCAUCGUCUUUGGGUAUGCAGCUAUCAAGCCCGUAUUGAAACAUGAAGGUGCCUACCAAGAUGUCUGCCGCUCCGACUCCGAUGUCCACGACGGGGACUCUAUCCCUGUCGACGACACCUGCGUUGAGAUACAUCUGAAUCUAAUGUUCACCAUCGCCGCCGUUGCCACCAACGUCGUCGCCCUGCCGGUCGGUGCUAUUCUCGAUCACUUCGGCCCGCGCAUAUGCGGCAUCAUCGGCAGUCUCUUCCUCGCCAGCGGUGCUCUCACCAUGGCCUACGCACAGCGCCUUCCCUUCGACGGCUUUGUCGUCGGCUACUUGCUCUUGGCCCUUGGCGGCCCUUUUACCUUUAUUCCUUCCUUCCACCUAUCCAACGCCUUCCCACAGCACUCCGGCCUCAUCCUCGCCUUGCUUACCGGAGCCUUCGAUUCCUCCAGCGCCCUGUUCCUCGUUUAUCGCGUCAUCUACCAGUCGACCGGCUUUGGCUACCACCACUUCUUCCUUGCCUAUCUGGUCGUCCCCGUCUUCCUUCUCAUCACCCAGCUGACCCUCAUGCCGAAGCAGUCCUACAAGACUGUGGGUGAUCUGGUGGAACAGGCCGAGGAAGCCGAAGCCGCCAUUGAUGCCGACGAGACCGACCUCUACGACGACCAGGUCGACGAGAACACGGCGCUUUUGCGUGAGGAGCGCCGCCACCAGAUCCAAGCCGUACUGGCUGACACGGAGCAGCUCCUGGGCGAAGACCGUGCCGACGGGCAGGCCCAACGCGAGGAAAAGUCGAACGAGGUCUCCGGCGUUUGGGGCGUCAUGCACGCUCAUUCGGCCCUAGAACAGAUCGCCUCGCCAUGGUUCAUCCUCAUCUGUCUCUUCACCGUCAUCCAGAUGACGCGAAUCAACUACUUCGUCGCCACCGUCCGCGCACAGUACGAAGCCAUCUUCGGAGAUCAUGAGACGGCCGUUGAGAUCAACAAUUUCUUCGACAUGGCGCUCCCCGCCGGUGGCGUGCUGUCUAUCCCUUUCAUCGGGCUCAUCCUCGACCAUACCAGCACCAUCGUCGUCCUCACCGUCCUCGUCGCCGUAGCCACCGCCAUCGGCAUACUGGGAGUGCUCCCCUUCCACUGGGCUGCGUACCUGGGCAUCUGUCUGUUCGUCCUCUACCGUCCCUUUUAUUAUACCGCUGUUUCCGACUACAGCGCCAAGGUCUUCGGCUUCCGCACCUUCGGCACUGUCUACGGCACCAUUAUCUGCCUUUCCGGCGUGCUCAACUUCUCCCAAUCCGGACUGGAUUUCCUCUUCCACCAGACGUUCCACGGAGACCCUGUACCCGUGAACGUGAUGCUGCUGGCGGUGGGAUUCGCCGUCGGCGUCGUCCUGGUUACCUUUGUCGGUAUCAAGUCCCGGGGCAUUCGGCGCAAGUUGUUGGAGCUUGAGGCUGAAGAAGUCACACGCGCCCCUUGA